AUGGGUUUCAAUCAACGCAUAUUACAAAUCUUCAAGCACAAUAAGCCAUUCACAUAUGCAGAAUUGGAUCCCUCUCAUGUAAACUCGGACAACGAAUAUCAAGAUGAAGAUCGACUUCUUAACCGCUUUUCUGUCGGCGAUGAGUUAUUCGAACAUACUGAAAAGGGAGAGAAUGAUACCUGCCAUAAGCAUCAUUCAAAAAUCAUAGCUCCAAUUCUAGACGCAAUCGACAUUCCCCUUUCAACCUGGCGACUCAACGGCACCUUCCUAGAACGCGAAAACGAAUCCAUCUAUCGGCAACCUCCAUCCCCGGAAGUCGACGCAGCAUGGGCUCGUAUUGAGACUCAAGAUCCCAUUCCCAUAUCCCGAGAAGACCUCAUAAAUCAAGGCAAAAACCCAGAUUUGUAUGCAAAAUUUCCCGAAUCCUUCGGUUUCGGCCCCGACGCCUUCAUCGGACGCAUCGACGUCUUCCAUCAAAUCCACUGUCUCAACCGGCUACGCAUGCAUCUCUACUGGAGUGUAGAGUACUAUUACCCUAACGAACAGAUGGGGAAGUACCAUCAACUCCACGCCUCGCAUUGUGUAUAUGCGCUGCUGCAGAAUCUGAUGUGUCAGGGAAAUGUGGAUACGUAUGGACAUUAUUGGGUGGAUAUGCAGGAGAAUGCAGUGCCGGAUUUUAAUAUCAAUCAUAAGUGUAGGGAUUUUGAAGUGAUUCUAGAGUAUCAUGACAAGAUUGCGGUGCCGUUGGAGAAGUUUGGGGCGUUGAGGAGACCGGUGGAUGAGCCGGUUAGACAUAUGACGCAUGAGGCGAAGGAGGUAUUUAGGUGGUUUGAUAAUCAUGGGGAUGAUGGACAGGAUGGGACGGAGAUUCUGUGA